AUACAACAUGGCUGACAUUGACAGUAGUCAACACGGUUUAUUAACUUAAAUAAACAAAACCUAAAGCAAUGGGCUCAUGAAAUGGAGAUCCUUUUUCAAUUAGUAUUUAUUUUGACAACUUUAACACAACAAUUGGUAAUUAUAUAUGGAGCAGGUACAUAUGGUAGUUAUUUUAUUCUGGGGGUACCGAGAUACAUCUCAGCUACAGCGGAAUUUCAUCUGGUAACGAUGUACCUUGAGACAUUUCACGUCUCCUGUGUGAUAAAGAAAGUAUCACUACCUUCUCGUGAAGAAAAGGUUUACCCAACAGAUUUGUAUUUAACAAGAUCCAGAGUAGUUGUAAAAUCUCUAGACCUUUCAUUAAGCGAAAUUUACAUUUCGAUUGUAUUUGAAAACCCCAAGAACGAAUACGAAUUCGCUAUUACGGUGCUGUUCAUUGAUAAACGGACUGGCUACUGGAUUGAUUCCAUGCUGGCGUUACCUGCCAUAUAUUUCGAUACAGCAUUCUACUUCCCUUGGUUCGGGAACUACACAAGACAACUCUUAGUUAUGUCAGGUUCAAACGCUGAUGACAACCGCAUCACUCUUUAUCUCUACAACAAGGAAGAGGGGAAUUAUCAUGCGAAAGAAAGAAAGGAGGUUAAAGUGAAAGAAUUUGCAAUUUUUGAUUAUGGAAUGUGUGGUAUGGAUUCAAUUUUAAAAGAAGAUCGGGAUGGCGGAGUAUAUCUAUCAGCGUAUGGAGCCUUUGGAGUAAUCGUUGUGACAUGUGAGACAAACUUUCAUUUCAAUUGUGAAUUGGAAAAAACGAAUUUUCCUUUUAUAGAGAGCGUGUACUAUUCCAAUUAUGAUACUCCGAUACCGCUGGAAUUUGUGGUCUUUAGUAGGAACACAAUGGCGAAAAUGGAGUUAACAACAAUCUAUGAUGAGUUAAUAAUAGCAGUCAUGUGGGCUAGGGACAUUACUGUUGUAAUCAAUGGAAAAAAAACAUUGUAUCUAAAGGAUAGUGAACGCAGAAAGAUCGUUUUAGAUUCUGAUUACUCAUUACACUUAAAAACGUCCGGCGGCCACGUGGCAUUCUACUAUAUUGGAAGGGGCAAGGAUUGUACGUCAAGCAUGGCUUUAGCUUGGCUGGUUCCUGUACAAUUAUUCCUUUUUAGCUACGCGUUCAGUGUACCAUUACCCAGUAAUUCAAGUGUGGGACCCAUGAGAAUUUUUCUGAUUAUGAUUGCUGAAAAAGACACAUAUCCCUAUAUUUUAGUCGAUGAUGUGCGCGCCUUAAGCUACAAAGCUAUGGUGUCUGAUGUAAGUAGAACCACGUACCAAGUGAGGUAUUUGCAAAUCUCACCCGGCUGGCAUUCAGCUUACUCGACCAAACACGACAACUUCGGCCUCUACCUGUAUGGAUGGAAAGAUGGCGGCACAUUCCUACAUACUGUGGGUUAUGUCGUAAAAGACGAGUGCAAGGUAAACCACUUGGCAAUUGGUCGUAUACCUAUGAAGCCUGGGGACAGAAGGGACAACGACUGCGAUCAUCUGGUGGACGAAGAUCUUCCAAAUGAAAACCUAGACGGAGAUAAUAAGAUAGGAGAGGAUGUAACAAGAGGAAAAGCAGAGGACGGAGGAUGGGGUGAAUGGAGUGAAUUUAUCUGUUUAGAGUGUAACGAAACAUUUUCGAAGAGAAGUCGAUUGUGUGAAAACCCAGCGCCACAAUACGAAGGGAUGAGAUGUAUGGGAUAUGCGGAAGAGAGUAACAAUGAGAAAUGUCGAGUCUGUAUGAUGACACCUUGCCCGGUUGGAAAGUAUGGACGCUACUGUGAGAUUUCAUGUGGACGUUGUGCAGGAACAGGAACAUGUAAUCUAAUUACAGGAAAGUGUCAGCCGUGUUUAAAUGGGUGGACGGGAGAAAAAUGUACAACACCUUGCCCUGAAAUGACCUACGGUCUCGCGUGUAAUCAUUCAUGUCUCGAGAAGUGUAAUGGACGAGACUGCAUUGAACGAGUGCAAGGAAUAUGUCCUGCAAUAUACGAUGUGGGUUUAUCAGCUGUUGUGUACUACAUAUUCCUCAUUUUGAUUUUGGGGACCUUAUGUGGUUUCUGUAUAAGUAGGCUACGCUUGGAGAAGAAGCCAGAUGUAGUUGUGACCGUAAAGCGUGUGUCUUCUAAAGAAUACACGGUCACAGAACAAAUAGAGACUGAUGUCUAAUCAUGGUUUACAAGGAGAUAAAGUUCAUUUUAAACACAGAAUCUGUUUUGUGUUUAAAACAUUUCUUUUUGAAGCACAGGCAUUAUUCUCAUGAUGUCCAUUCGUGUUUUUAUUUUUACAAGCUUUUAUUUAACUCACUUCCUCGUCAGUCUGCCUGUCUGUCUGUCUAGAUCUACACUUCUACCUGACAGAUACGGUUCGUAGUUGAAACGUGGUUCAAGACAUGAAGACAAUGCAACAUGACAUUAAAUUUGACUCAAUUCGAUGUCUAAUUUUUUUUAUGAAAUAAUUAAAAUUUUGACCUAAUUAGUAAGCAGU